CCCCCUCGUAUGGGGGACGAGACCUCAUUCCAGGAUGUAAACAGUGUCCGCCAUCUUUGCUAACAUUAGCGCUAACAGGACCAAGUGUCAUCGGGGAACCUAACAAAGAAAAGAAGGAAGAUAUUUGUCAAAAAUACUACCCCUAUGCUAGUAAUACAAAGCUAAAUGCUAAUCGGUGAAGUAUUCCUUUAAGAGACUUGACUAAAAAUGUUACCGUAAAUAUGUUUUAUACUGUUCAAAUUGUUGUUGAUGGCGUACAGUGCAGUGUUGUUUUUCUAAAUAAACUGUUAAACUUGUUAAAACAGCAUUUUAUGGGCCAAAGCACACGUUUUCUGGUCCUUUUGUGGUUAAAAUAAGUACAAAAAUCCAGGCAGACCUUUUGAGAGUUAGGUGAUAAAGGGUUCAUAUAUUUUCAAAAUGUCUUUUUAGUUCUCAGAGAGUGCUUUUUAAAUCGUAGAUUUAACACAGGGUGCACUUGGUGAGCGACAACAAUCACACCUGUGAGCACUUGUGUACACUGAUGUGGUCAAACUGGAAUAACUCACAGGGAAGCGGGGGGGGGGGGGAUAAAGGUUAAGUCGAGCCAAAUAAAACACAAUCCACCCCGUGAGAUGGUGACACAUGGUUCAGCCCGGUCAUCUGGCUGCAGCAUUUCAGGUGUCCUCAGCUUCCAGCCACAACUUUGCCUGAAGCAGGAAGAGGCCGCCCAUGACCCAGCACACCUGUCUGGAAGAACACACACACACACCCUGGGAUUAGAUGAAAAGCAGACAGACAGGGAAGUUCCAACAUGCUGGAGAGUGUGAGGACAACAGGGGGACAAAGCCAAGGACUGACGGACACAUUGAAGCCAGUGGACGACAGCAGCAGCAGCAGCAGCAGCAGCAGGAGGUGGUGGUGCUGCAGAUCCCGACGUUGCAUUUUUUUAUUUGUUCUGUUUUUGGGCGUUUUUGGCAUUAUUUACUACACCAACAUCAUGGGAAUGGCAAUGGACUGGAACCCUGAUUGGUGGCUGCAACAUCCGGCAAACUCCACCACUCACAGGUGGUUGGUUCCUUCAGAGACGCUGAACAUGGACGAGGCUUUAGCCGAAAUGGUAAAUUCCAGUAUCACAACCACCAGCAUAACCAGUGCUACCACAAGCACCGGCAUCAGAACCACCAGCAACAGCAGCAGCAGCAACAGCAGCAGCAGCAGCAGCAGCAACAGCAGCAACAGCAGCAGCAGCAGCAGCAGCGUCAGUGUCCCCGCUGAGACCAACCAAUCCAACAAUGACUCGGUGCCAACAACCCCGCCUCCCUAUGUGUCUCCAGGUCCAUAUUUGGUGGAAUAUCCCUACCAGUAUCACUUCAUCAUGAAUGAGCCGCAGAAAUGUGCAGAGCAGAAGCCUUUCGUGGUUCUGAUGGUCCCUGUGGCGCCAAAAAACAGGGCCGAUCGAGACAUCGUCCGUAAAACAUGGGGAAGUGAAAGUGUGGUACUGGACAAAGUGGUGACGGUGAUCUUCCAGCUGGGGCUGUACACUGGAGAGGGAGGCGAGCAGCUCCGAGAACAGCUGCUGCAGGAGAGCAACGAGCACCGGGACCUGAUCCAGAGCGACUUCGUGGACUGCUACAAGAACCUGACCAUCAAGACCAUGGUGAUGAUGGAGUGGCUGGACACCUACUGCUCCAACGCCUCGUACGCCAUGAAGAUCGAUUCAGACAUGUUCCUGAAUGUUCCCAGACUCGUCACGAUGUUGUCAAACGCUCCAAAAUCAAACUACAUGACGGGACUUGUGGCAAACGGUGGUCAAGUUCUUAGAGAUCCAAAUUCAAAAUGGUUCCUUCCCCACGAGGUUUUCCCAAGGUCAUAUUACCCGCGUUAUGCUCUGGGUCUUGGCUACGUCCUUACUUUGGACCUCCCAAAAAAGCUGCUGGAGGGAGCCAAACACGUGAAAGCGGUCUACAUUGAAGACGUGUAUUUGGGCUUGUGCAUGGAGCACCUGGGCAUCAACCCCACUGACUCCCCAGACUGGAACUAUUUUCAUGUCUUUGCUGUUCCGUACAAUCGCUGCACUUUCUCCAAACUAGUCGCCACAACGACGUUUACUGACGCCGAUCGUAUGGCCAUGUGGGCCGACUUUUCAAAGCCGGGUCCGCACUGCUGACGCACGAGAGCUGAACACGGUGAAGACGUCGGCUCAAAGCUUCUCAGGUCUGUUUACUGAACUCUUCCACCCACACAACAGUUUGUAAUUGAUCUGCCUCCAGCUCAGGGCAUUGUUUGAAGGAGCAUUGUCUUAAACCCAUUAUUUUUACAGCACAGAAAGGAAAGGGCUACAAUAAAAUAUGUAUUUAUGAUGAAUAUAAAGCUGCAAUUUUUUUAGUUUUCAAGAAUCUCUGCGUUGGCAGAUUGUUGUGCUGUGCGGCCAUGGCGGCACACGGAGCGUCAGAUUAGCCAGCACCUCCCGUUGACCAUGAAGGACACUGUACAGUAGAAAUGACGAUUGUGACGUUAUUCACAUGUUAGAUGAUAGUUAAGACGACAGUUGUGGCGGCAGCCGGAGACGCAGAAGGAAAUGAAGCUUUAUGUGAUGAACUAAUGUGACCGUGACUGAAGAGAUGCAUUAUAAUGUAUGUAAAGUGUACAGUAAGUCUCUCCAUGAUGUACAAAUUUCAGAGGUGGUUCUACAGGGGAUGUAUAAUAAAUGGGUCUGUCAAACACA